CUCCGACUCGAAGCAGCGGCAGCAACAGCUCUCGAGAACACCGCCUCCCGCACCGAAUCCGACGCAAUUCCUUUUGAAAAGAGCACCGAAAAGCCAUGCUGCUGCUUCAAUACCACAACCUGCUGAUCCAGUCGAUCCUGCAGGAGCGCUUCGCGCCGGAUGCGCAGCCGACGCUCAUCGACCAGGUCAUCUCUGAUUUCGAUAACGUCACCUACCACGUCUCGACGCCAGAGUCAAAAACAAAGAUCCUGAUAUCGUUGUCGGUUAAGUGCUACAAGGACUUGGAGAAGUACGGGGUCACGGCGUUGCUGCAGCGAGAGUAUGAGGAGUACGCUGUUGCGCCCGAGGCGGGGUAUGAUUUCUCGAUCCAGGUCGACCUCGAGAAUCUGCCUGCUACCGCUGAGGAAAAAGAGACGCUCAUCCUCAAAAUCGCCCUACUAAAGCGCAACGCCAUGGCCGCUCCAUUCGAGAAAGCCUUUGCCGAAUUCGACAGACUAGCCGCGGAAGCGGCCAAAAACUCGCUCGAUCUCUCUGUGCCCGAGGACAGCGGCUCGGAAGUGAUGGCGAUCCACUACCGCGAGGAGGAGUCGAUCUACAUCCGCGCCUCGCACGACCGAGUAACGGUCAUCUUCUCGGUCCUGUUCAGAGAGGACACCGACCGCGUGUUUGGAAAGGUGUUUUUGCAGGAGUUUGUGGAUGCCCGACGACGCUCGAUCCAGAACGCGCCGCAGGUGUUGUAUUCAAACAAGGAGCCUCCUCUCGAGAUCCGCAACGUCCCCGGCGUCAGCGUCAAGGACGAUAUCAGCUACGUCACUUUUGUUCUCUUCCCCCGACAUAUCGCCCGCGACCGACGAGAAAACUGCAUCAGCCACAUCCAGAUCUUCAGAGACUACUUCCACUACCACAUCAAAUGCUCAAAGGCAUACAUGCACUCACGAAUGCGUUUCCGAGUCGCUGAGUUCCUCAAGGUCCUCAAUCGCGCCAAGCCGGAGGUCGAGGAAGAAAAGAAGACUUCUUCUGGUCGUCGGUACGGUACCCGUUAGAGAGAUUCGACGGAGAGAGGCUCUAUAUAGGCGUGAGGAGUUGCGUCUACGUUUAAAGAGAGGAGGAAGGAACGAUAGAGCGAGAAUGACGGAGUUCUGUUUGGUUGUCUUGUUAUAGUUACCAAUGCGUGACUGAGAUUGUGUUGUACUGUAGUUUUAUAAAAUAGCUGUCGCAUAUAAAAUAGCUAUCGCACGCUCUAGAGUAGAUGUUUAUUGUCCUAUUACCAAAUCUCUAGAUAACCCGAAGGAGAAAUCAGACGACAACGUCAUCCUCA